AUCAAUAAGAGGGAAAAAAUAAACUAUAAUGGCACAGGCACGCCCUGAAGAAAAAUUACAGGAAAAACUCGAGACAACGAGAAGGGAAGAAAAGAGGGAAGUUUCGAGCCCAGCUUCUUUUAAAUUCAAUGCACAGGCACCCGAAUUUGUGCCAAGUUCACGUACACAAUCUCCAGUUUCGGGUUACUUUUAUCCGUAUUUCAAUUAUGUGGGAAUGGGUGGGAGUGAUGGAAGUGGACCGGGUGAUUGGAUUUACGCGAGUGCAAGUGAUCAAGAUCAGCAAAUGCACAUUUUUACAAGCCCGAAUGUUCUGGUCACCAACUACGCCAAGAAUGUGAAUGUCCUCACUGAAGAUCUUCAACAAAAAAUCAUCAAACAGGUGGAAUAUCAGUUUAGUGGCCUGAGCCUGCUUGCAAAUGAGACCUUAGUGAAACACAUUAGUAAGGAGCCAGAAGGCUAUGUUCCGAUAUCUGUUAUUGCAUCUAUGAAGAAAAUCAAAUCCUGCAUCAAUAAUAACCAUUUACUCGCUCAAGCUCUCCGUUCCUCUUCAAAGUUGGUUGUAAGCAGCGAUGGGAAAAAAGUUAGGCGUAAAUACCCAUUUACAGAGAAAGAUAAAGAAGAAUUGCAGUCACGUACCGUUGUUGCUGAGAAUCUUCCCGAAGAUCAUUCCCAUCAAAAUCUUGAGAAAAUUUUUAACGUGGUUGGAAGUGUUAAAGCCAUCCGUAUCUGUCAUCCCCCGGAGCCCAGUUCAUCUCAUUCGAAGGGGGAUUAUGUUUUCAGUAAUAAGGUAUAACAAACUCACUCUUUAGUUCUUCGGUUCAUUAUCUCAUCAUGUUUAUUAAUAUUAUCUUUAUGGUUUUUUGGUUUUAUUUUGAAGCUGCAUGCUCUUGUGGAGUAUGAAACUACUGAAAUAGCAGAGAAAGCAGUUGACAAAUUAAAUGAUGAAAGAAACUGGAGAAAAGGAUUUCGUGUUAGGUUGCUGCUUCGACGUUCACCAAAGUCAAUUCUGAAGACCAGAAAAUCGGAUUUUGAUGGUCUUCUUGAUGACGAUGAUGACUUUGACUUGUCCGAAGAGUCUUCUCAGCCUAAUAGUGCAACUUCAGAUCCAGGUCUUGAGAAUAAUGGUGGGGAGAGUUCAAAUAAGGGAUGGGCUAGAGGACGUGGGAAAUCUAAGUCACGAACCCCGACUCACAGCAACCGUGGACUACUAGUGCAGUCUCCACAAUCGAGUGAAGCAUCCCCAACAAAACAGAGUCCUAAAGGACCAAGAAUGCCAGAUGGAACCAGGGGUUUUACAAUGGGAAGAGGGAAGCCUAUUUUAAGCGGCAUACCAUAAGGUUCUCAAACUAUGUGAAUUCAAGUAAUAUUAUAUAACUAGCAGCUAGUUCAUCAAACAAAUAUCCAUGAGUGUUCAAUUUCGUU